AUGGAGAAACUUCGCAGAAAGCUCUUCCCUCCCGCCCUCCGAGGCGGCCUCCCCGCUCCCCCUCGCGUCCCAGUACGAGGCCUCGCCGGGCCUCCCCCUCACUCACCCGUGGACGCCAUUUUCUCCCUCUCGCUUCGCCUCCUCUUUCUCUCUGGCGCCCCCCUCCCCCUUCCAACGUCCUCCCCGGUCUUCGGGCCGCCCGGCAGUGCGCACGCGCGGGGCUCUCGUCAGCUCGGACUGCCCCUACUGCGCCGGCGCGAAGAGGAGGAGGAGGAGGAGGAAGGGGCGAAAGAAGCCGAGUUUGCCUCCUACGCGCGGCCUCUUUGGCCCCGCCUCCCCGCUGGGACCUCCCACUCCGAAGAGGGAGGGGAGCGCGCUCUAGCGAGGCGGAGUUGCCGGGCGGCCCGAAGGCUUCGUCAUCACACCGCCCGAACGACCACCCCUUUCCGGCCGCGGAGAGUGGUUCCGUCCAGCGGAGCCGCUAGGGAUCGUCGCGCAAGAGACGGGGGCAUGCCGGUCCAGACCAGGCGGUGGAGGUGGCGUUCUCCCCCAAUGGCCUCCUCCACGCUCAUGGCGCUGCUCUGCAUUUUCUGGUUGACGGGCGUCGGGGAGAGCUUGGGCUUGGCGCCCAGCCUGCUCAGCAGCCCUUGGCAAUGUUUCCGCCUCGUGACCUACUGCUUCUGCCACACAGACGCCUCCCUUCUCUGCACCAACCUGCUGUUCUUCCUGCCCCUGGGCUGGCACCAGGAGCUACGGCUGGGCACCCUCCGUUACCUCCACGUCUCCGUGCUCGGGGCGGCCGCCUCGGCGGUGCUCUACCUCCUCCUCUCUGCGCUGUGGGACCGGCGGCCUGCCCUCCCUGUUGGCAGCUAUGCCCCGGUGCAUCUGGUCUUACUGGGAUGCUACCAAAGGCACCAGAAGCAGAGGGGGCUCUCCGGGUGGAUUUCCGUGGCUCUGUGGGCCGGGAUGCUCCUGGGCCUCACCCAGGUCCUUUCCCCACAUUCUCCUUUCUUCCUGCACGUGUGCGGGCUGCUGGCGGGCCUGGCCUACUGGGCUGGCGUUUUCUCCCCGCUGGAGCUACCAGAGGCGUGCCUAGAAGGCGUCCACAACUGGAUGGUCCGCAGGAUGCAGGCCGGAGGCUCUGCCUUCGGAUUUGUGUUGCCCCCAGCAGUUGGAAUUCUUCCGCUCACGGAUCCAGCAGCUACAGCGGCAAGGGUUUCUCCUGUGUUGUCUUCUACCUCUUACUGGAGCGGAGAAAGAACAGAGCAGGAGCGAGAGCCCCGGGCGCUCUUGGCAUCGCGUUCUCUGCCUCCCUUCUCUGCUCCGCUGGAGGCAUCCCACGUUCCUUUUUCGGCCCUGACGGAUGACGAGCAGCUCCAAGCCGGGAUCCAGGCCUCCUUGCAGGACAUGGCUAAGGAAGAAAUGAAGCUUUCCAAAUCAUCUGUUUCUUCUCUACGGCUUCAGCAGCUACAGAGAAUGGGCUUCCCCACCAACCAGGCCGUGGUGGCGCUGGCAGCCACGGGCCACGUUGAGGGUGCGGUCUCAUUGCUGAUUGGCGGCCACGUGGGAGAUGAAACCGUGGUGAUGACGGAGAGCCGCCGGCAGCCUCUUCCGGAUCACCGUCCGUGAGGCCACAGGGAGGGCCAAGCAAAGCUGGACUUUCCCGGGGGUGUGUGGGGCCUCCGGGCAGAAGACCGGGCUCAGGAAGAAGGGAUGGUGGUUUCCGUGGCUUUAACCAGAAGAUGGACGUGGCCGUUAAUGGAGCCUCCCCCCCCCAGGAAGGCACAAUGCAGGUGAAACAGGACCGAAUCUCGGGUUGCUGGUCUCGGAGGGACCCUGAGUUGACAAGAGAAAUUUCUGAAUCAACUGGGGAACAAGAGAGAUGGGAUUCUUCCUUCCACAUCGGUCCGGAGAAAGGGAGACAACAGAGCUGAUGAUUUUUUUUUGGGGGGGGGGCAAUUGUCUAUACCUUAACUGCAGCAUUUUUUAAAAAAACAAGAAAACUCUUUUCUCCAUACCUCUAAAGAGUGGAAUAGACAAUGACCCAUUGGCAGGCAUGGUAGUAGGAGCUGGGUGCAAUGAAACAGGUUCUUGAGAAGGAAAACACGAAGUCUGCACAUGCCUUUUGUACACGCAGGUCCCAGGUGAUGAGGACCACGAUGGUGACUUUGCUCCUGGAGCGAUCCAGGUCUGAGCUGGCUCUGGUUGCAACCAUGGAUCAGUUCCUUGUAAAACAUCCGUUGGCUGCUGUGCUAUUUUCUGAGCCAUGGAAAGGUGAACAAAUCUCCCCAUCCGCAACCCGACCUGGAAACGACCUUUCGUGGAUGCCCGUUUCAUUUGGUUGCUUUCCGAAGGUUCAGACUGAGGAUCCUGAACCAGAAGGGCUGGAAGGAAGCCAGGGCGUUGGCCUUCCUUUCCGAAUGCUGGCCACGGGUGGCCUCAGUGGUCCACCAGUUACUUGGACCGAAAGGGCUCCUGAGAGCGGAGGCUCUUUGCAAAUCAAGCCAUACCAGAUGAGCCCAACUGAUUCUUCCAAAGGAACGGCAUCGGAUGGGGCGGGAUGGGGUGGGGGUCGUGCUUUAUUGUGACUCUGCUACCCGUGGGACACCUCCUUUGGCCACCGAGAAUGCAAAAGGCACAUGGUAUCUGGGGUAAAAAAAGGUUGUUUUUUUUGGCUAUUGUUGAAAUGGCAAGGAAGAAGAUAGGCUGCACUGGCUGGGGGAUGAUGGAAGUGUAGUACAAAACCCCUCUGGGAUGUCCCACUGGGGAAGGUGCAGUAUUGGCAUUGCAGAAUUUACAAUAAAUUUGGGACGUCCUAAAAAGGGAUCAACCCAAUUCAGUGCCUGA